GUCAGGAACAUUACCUCCAUUUACAUCUCUGCCAGCCGCCCCCUCCUUUCCCUCAGCCUUUCUUGCUCUCCCUGGAUCUCUCUCGCUCUCUCUUCAGUGUCUGACGCACGACAUGUGAGAGCAGGUGAACACACGUGACUCACCGUUUAUUAACCAGUUAUCUGUGGUCUGUGCUGCGAUGUUGAUCCUGGACGCUUUGUCCCCGCUCCUCCUCCUCUCCAUCCUGUUGCCGCGCUACGGUUGCCGGGCGGCGGACAUUCCGGAGGACACUAUAUCAGAGUUCUCAGUCAGACUGUACCACCGGCUGCAGGCGGCGGGGGAUCAGGAUAAUAUCAUUUUCUCCCCGCUGAGCGUGGCUGUGGCCCUGGGCAUGGUGGAGCUGGGAGCCAGGGGGGCUUCACUGGAGGAGAUACGGCAAGCUGUGGGAUUCAGCCACCUGCUGCCAGGUGUGGAGUUCUCUUUGCUCCAGAAUCUGACCACAGCUCUGUCGGAGGACGACACACACUGCGUGAUCCGAUUUGCCAACAGCCUCUUCCUGCAGGAAGGCGUCACCUUUAACCCCGAGUUUCUGCAUCUGAUGAGAAAGUACUUCCGGGCUGACGUGGAAACGGUGGACUUCAGCGAAUCAGCAGCCGUGGCCGAGCAGAUCAACAGCUGGGUGGAAAAUCAUACCGAGAGUAAGAUCCGUGAGCUGCUAUCAGCAGAGGACUUCAGCAGCGUGACCCGCCUGACCCUGGUGAACGCCGUCUACUUCAGAGGCUCCUGGAAAAACCAGUUCAGACCAGAGAACACCAGAACCUUCUCCUUCAGCAGAGACGACGGCUCUGAAGUCCAGACGCUCAUGAUGUACCAGCAGGGAGACUUUUACUAUGGUGAGUUCAGCGACGGCUCACAGGAAGCCGGCGGUGUGUACCAGGUGUUGGAGAUGCCCUAUGAGGGGGAGGACAUGUCCAUGAUGAUCGUUCUGCCUCGGCAGGAGGUGCCGCUGGCUUCCCUGGAGCCCAUCAUCAAAGCACCGCUGCUGGAGGAGUGGGCUAACAAUGUCAAACGGCAGAAGGUGGAAGUCUACUUACCUAGGUUCAAAGUGGAGCAGAAGAUCGACCUGAGGAGCACUCUGCAGGAGCUGGGGAUAAAGAACAUCUUCACCAAUGAUGCCGAUCUUUCUGCCAUGACAGAUGGUAAGGACCUGUACAUUGGGAAGGCGGUGCAGAAGGCGUACCUGGAUGUGACUGAGGAGGGCGCAGAGGGAGCUGUUGGGUCAGGAAUGAUCGCCCUGACCAGGACUCUGGUGCUGUACCCACAGGUCAUGGCUGACCACCCGUUCUUCUUUGUCAUUAGAAACCGGAGGACAGGGUCCAUCCUCUUCAUGGGCAGGGUCAUGACCCCUGAAGUCAUCGAGCCCAACGACCAUGACUUCGACUCCAUGUAACCACGGUGUGAGGUCCCUCAAUCUCCGUUUAUCAGAUCCUGACGUCAUAAACGCUACCUAUCCUCUAUCGCCAUCUCCAGCUGUGUUUUAUACUCUU